ACGACCGCUCUAAGAGCAGCCACUCUGCUGUAGACGUGUGCAUCACAUCAGACGACAAGCGUUACUUUGACAGUGAGACGGACGACAUAUCAAACCUGGAGAGCAGCGUCCUGGAGAAUCCUGGAGACACUCAGCUGUGGAUCAAACUGGCCUUUAAGUACCUGAGUCAGAGUGAAACGUCUGCGGGCGAGAGUUUGGAGGCCGCCCUCAACACGCUUUCUCGUGCUCUGGAAAGUAACUGUGACGACCCGGAGGUGUGGAGCCACUACCUGUCUCUGUUCUCCAGACGAGGCAGCAGGGAGGAGGUGCAGGAGAUGUGCGAGAUGGCUGUGGAGCACGCCCCCGACCACAGAGUGUGGUGGAACUACCUGAACCUGGAGAGCUCAUUCGAGGGGCGGGACUAUGUCUGUGAUCGUCUGCUGCACUUCCUGCUGACGGAGGCGUCGUCACGACUCACAGAGAAACUGUCUUUCCAGCUGAUGGAGGCUCUGCUCUACAGAGUCCAGCUCAACCUGUUCACCGGCAGGAUGGAGAGCGCACUCGCCAUUUUACAG